AUGGCAAACGUAACUGGACGCGCUCUUCACUAUGUUUUUAAGAUCGGAGAUCGUGCCAAGAACAUAUUUUUCUUUCGCACCAUACUGGGCAUGCAAGUGCUGAGACAUGAGGAGUUCAAAGAGGGCUGCGAGGCCCAAUGCAAUGGCCCCUAUGACAAUCGCUGGAGCAAAACCAUGAUGGGCUAUGGCCCCGAGAGCGCUCAUUUUGUAGUGGAGCUGACCUACAAUUACGGUGUUAAAUCCUAUGAGCUGGGCAACGAUUUCGGUGGCUUAACAAUACAUUCCAAUGAAAUUUUGAAGCGCGCUGCUGAACAUUCAUAUCCCACACAAAAACAAGAUGAGCGCAGUGUGUUGACCUCGCCGGAUGGCUAUAAGGUUUAUGUGGUGAAUUCAAAGCCAGCGGCUGGCACAGAUCCAGUUAAGCAGGUGGAGCUGCAUGUCAGCGACCUGGCUGCAUCGCGUAAGUACUGGCAUGAGCUGCUCAAAAUGAAACUGUUGGAGCAGACCGAACAAUCGGUGCUGCUUAGCUAUGGCAAUAAUCAGGCUGCGCUGCGUCUGCUCAAGCUGCAGGGCAAGGUGGAUCGUGCUCAGGCCUAUGGACGCAUUGCAUUUGCUGUGCCCGCGGCUGAGCAGCCACAAAUACAAGCAGCUGUGGAGGCCAGCAAGGGAGUCAUAUUGAAGCCGCUUAUAAAGCUGGAUACGCCUGGCAAGGCAUCAGUUACAGUGGUUAUAUUGGCGGAUCCAGAUGGUCAUGAGAUCUGUUUUGUGGAUGAGGAGGGCUUUGGUGAACUAUCGCAAUUCGAGGCGGAGGGCGAAGCGCAGCUGGAUAAGUUUAUUCGCAAGGAUCCGUUCCAGGAUAAAUAGCAAUAAGCUAUGUUUUAUAUAUGUUUUUUAUGUCGUACUUAAGCGGAAGGCUUCUUAAAAAUCUUCGACGUGAACUGUAAAUUUGUUUAAAAGUCCAAGUGAAUUUAAUUCUGAAUCGAGUAACACAUUAAAAAUUGUUUGAGAAUAUAAUGCAUGCCCUAUAUUGUUAGAGGAAUAUUUUACAAUACAUGGCUUGAAUU